UAAAAUACAAGAAGCAACUGCGGUAAAGAUGAAGGCCAUCCGUCAACUUCUAGUCACGUCUCUGUUUUCUUCAUCAAGAGCAUUCGUUCAAUUCCCAGCAAAAUCUUUCAAACAACAACAAACAAUUAGGCAAAGAUUCUAUAAUGAUGCGGUGACGACAUCUGCCGAUAUCCUUCAUGCCUCCUCUCUCGAAGUUGACAUCUCGAACGAAAACAUUUUUGAUGAUAUCGAMGAUUCUGAAUCACCUCUCUCUCUACCUUCAGCAAUGUUGAGCUUCCCGCGACAUUCGAAAGAUGUGGUAAAUGAUGUUCUGAUAGAGACGGAGGCUUUGGUUCAGAAUCUACACCGAGAUUCAAAAGCCGUUGACCCGAAGACAACAAAACGUUCUAUGUCCCCCAUGGACAGCUCUCACGAUUCGAUCUAUGCGAAUACUUAUGUUGAUUUAGGAAACAUUGACACUGUUGGAUUUGACUAUGAUUAUACACUUGUGCAUUACACCGAAGAACUAUUAACUCUUUUGUACUCGAUGGCACUCAAUCGGUUGGUAAACGAUCGGCAUUAUCCGAGGGAAAUGCUGAYGUGUGGUCUAAACUAUGACGCCUUCUUUAGUAUAAGAGGGCUUGCUGUGGACAAGGAUACUGGUUGGAUCUGCCAUCUUUCCUACACGCACAAAGUUGCUGUUGCCUGGGAGGGACGAGAAAAGGUCUCUACAUCUCGCAUUUUCGAGGAAUACCGUGGAAAGCGAGGACUCAACCCAAGAGAACGGAAAGCCCGAUUGAAGCCAUUGAACGACCUAUUCAGUAUGGCAGAAUGCUGCCUCAUUGCCGAUACGAUCCAAUACUUCAAAGAUAACGACAUUGACUUUUGCUCCUCGAACGUAGUAACCGACAUUCUUGGAGCGAUUCGUGAUACGCACAUUUCCGGAGACUUUCAUCGCAUAGUUGCUGACAACCCAGAAAAAUAUUUUGACCCAACGCCCCAUUUGAAAGACGUUUUGGGAAAUCUGAAAGACUCUGGAAAGCGUCUCAUAUUUGCUAGGUAAGGUUUUUUGGAAAACAGAAGGCAUCACCUGUGUUUUUGGUACCCAAUUCCCCAAACGAACAACAAAACUAACAACAUUCACGUUUAUUUCGUUUUCUCAUCUCCCACAAAAUAAUAUUCAAUAGUAAUUCUCCUUUUUGGUAUGUUGAUGCAGGAAUGAAAUUUGUUUUAGGGGAGGAAUGGAUAGAUAUUUGGGAUGCGGUUAUUGUUAGUGCAGGCAAACCAGCUUUCUACACCGAAACUCGACGUCCAUUUCGUGAAGUUAAUACUGAGACAAA